CACUUUGUAGGAAAAAUAGACUUUGUAGCCGAACCCCACUCUAAUGUACAAAAGCCCUAAUCAUACUUCAUGUACGCGACAACGAGAUCUUAACGUGUGGCACAGAUUUAGAUUUCUCAUUAAGGGCAAAUUAGACAUUUUUCGUCCUUGAGGCAAGGUAAUCCAGACAUUUACUAACAUCAAGAGAAUUAUGUGAGUUCGUUAUCUCCUGCAUCUCGAUAAUUACGAUUCGAAUCAGUUUCAAAUAUUUUCCAUUUUCAAAGUAUCAAAUUAGUGGUUAUAAGUGUGCGAUUAGGGUUACUAUCACUUAUUGUUUGAAAUGGAUCCACAAAGCAGUAACACACGAAACACAGAUGAUAUUGAAUUUGAAGAUGCUGAAUUCCAUGCCGUUCCUGAUGCUGCUGAGCAUUUGAGGAAUCCGACAUCAGACAACCACGUUCUAUUAGAGGAUCAGACCAAUGAAAGAUUGUAUAUUCCUGAGGUAGCUUCAUCAUGUGUUCCUGUUAUAGGAAUGGAAUUCACUUCCCUAGAGCAAGCAUAUGUUUUUUAUCAGACAUAUGCCAAGAAGUCAGGGUUCUCUGCUCGAAAAGGAGGUGAACACCAUAGUGGUGGUAUUAUCAAGACUAAAUACUUUAUGUGUUCAAAGGAGGGGUAUAAACCUAUGGCUUUUGAUGAUCCUUAUUCGAAGUUGUCUAAGCCAUAUAAAAGUAGGAAGAGGCCGACUAUUCAAACCGGGUGUAAAGCUUAAAUUAAGCUUUGUUCGACGGAUGGGGUGUUAUAUAAGGUUGAUAAGUUUGUUCAAGCGCAUAAUCAUUCAUUCGUGUGCCCCAAAGAUAUGCAUUUAUUACCGGCUUAUAGGCAUCUGUCCGAAACACAAGAAGAGAUGAUAUGGGAUCUUGGUACAUUGAAUCUUGGGCCAGUGAAAGCGUUCAAUAUAAUGAGACAAAGAUACGGAGGUUUUGAAAAUGUUGGCGCAACUAAAGACGACUGCAAGAAUUUUAGAGCUAGGAUACAUAGCUAUAUAGGAGAGUAUGAUGCAGAUAUGGUUAUAAAUAGGUUGACUGAUAAAAAGCAGUUUAUGGUUGAUUAUUCAUUUGUACAUUCAGUCAAUGAAAACAAGCAA